UAAAGAUACAGUAAAUGAGGCCAUGUGAGCACAUUAGACUAACAGCACCCUGUGGAAAGGCAAGGUGCUGCCAGCUGCGGAGCUCAGGUAACUUGUGCACACACGGAGGUGUGAUGCUAUGUCACCUCAUCACACGCUAACACAGGCUACUAUUUCAACACGGAACCUAUUUGGCCUUGUUCUGUAAUCCUAGCAGGCCGAAGUGGCCUCAACGACUCGCUGGUGAUGGAUGGAGUCCAUGCAGGGUGCUCCUGUCAGUGCCGUCUGAGCAGCACCCUCCCUCCCUGCGCCCCGCGCGCUCACCGGAGUUGAGUUGAGGAUGAAGACGCAGAACAUCAGGACCCUCUCUCUCAUCCUCUGCAUUGUUUUCUAUCUGCUCAUAGGAGCCGCCGUCUUUGACGCGCUGGAGUCGGACAGCGAGAGCUCCAGGGAAAAGGCGCUGGAGCAGAAGCUGAACGAGCUGAAGAAUAAGUACGGCUUCACCGAGGAUGACUACCGGGAGAUCGAGAGGGUGGUGCUCCUGUCCGAGCCGCACCGCGCCGGCAGGCAGUGGAAGUUCGCCGGCUCUUUUUAUUUCGCCAUCACUGUUAUCACCACCAUUGGUUAUGGCCACGCUGCUCCACGCACUGAUGCUGGCAAGGCCUUCUGUAUGUUUUACGCUGUGUUGGGCAUUCCUCUGACACUGGUCAUGUUCCAGAGCCUGGGCGAGAGGAUCAACACCUUCGUCCGCUACCUCCUGCGCAGAGCCAAGCAGGGCCUGGGCCUACAGAAGACUGAGGUGUCCAUGGGGAACAUGGUCCUCGUGGGUCUGCUGUCAUGCGUGAGCACCCUGUGUAUCGGAGCUGUAGCCUUCUCCCAUUUUGAGGACUGGACCUUCUUUAAUGCCUACUACUACUGCUUCAUCACACUCACCACUAUUGGAUUUGGGGAUUUCGUGGCCCUGCAGAAGACAGACGCUCUCCAGAAGCGACCACCCUACGUGGUAUUUAGCUUCAUGUACAUUUUGGUCGGCCUGACAGUCAUCGGGGCUUUUCUGAACCUGGUGGUCCUGAGGUUUCUCACCGUCAGCACUGAGCAGCCUGACGGGAGGCCUGAGGCAGUCGAGGAGCAGGGAGCGCAGCCUAAGGAGGUGUCUGAGGCAGAGGUAGAAAGUGCUGAUGCUAGCUAUAAAGAAGACGGACGCAGCAGCUUGUGCAACCUGAGCCUUCCCAUGGAGGCGGGCACCAGCUGUUUGAAUCUCCUCCCCUCUCCUGUAGAGGAGCGCAGACUUGUUUUAUCAGAGCACCCGAAGCUCUCUGAACCCAGCAGAUUCAGGGCCUUGCUGUCCUGCAUGUGCUGUGGCCUGGACAUUUACAGCAGCCCCUCUCCACCUCGCCUCGACCAGGAGGGAGGCCACAGCAACCCGGUCUUUUAUAACUCCAUCUCCUACAUGGUGGACCAGGCUUCAUGCAGCUCCUGCACCGUGUCGUCACAGGCUUCCCCCAGCAGCGGAGCUCUCUGUCUGGGAAAGAACAAUCCUCACACCAGGAGGAAGUCGUUAUAACUCUCCAAACCUUUGACUUAGUGGCCUUAGUUCUGGACUUUCUGCACACACACAGAGCCCUCUGGUUUUUCUGCUUGGUGGAACAAAUUGCCCAGUGCUUUCCUUUUCAUGAAUGUAGCAGUUCUUGCCUCCAGAUAAAAUGUAGCAUAUUAUAAAAUACCAUAAAAAUUCUUCACAGUUUA